GGACCACUGACAGUUCAAUUUCGCAAACUAACCAUACUUCAGUACCAUUUCAUUUCACACACAGAGAGACACGAUGUGCAGAUAUUCUAUGGAACCAGCUAUCUGCGUUCUGCAUCAUGCAGCAAAUGAAAGCCUCUUUUGGCGGGCUAUCGAACAAUACCAGUGCUCAGAGCCAAUGAAGAGCACUCAGUUUUGCACCAACGAGCCUCACGGAAUCGUCAUAACAGGCACCUUCCAAUCGCUGUUUGGUAAGCUGGGCGACCAAAAAGCAACACAAAACCUGGAUUGGGGCCAUUGCCAUCACUUCUCGGUCGCGAAGGAAGUGCGAGUAGAAAAGCAUCAUGCUGCCGAGGUCGACAAAGCUGUGACCGAAGAGGAAGCCGCUUUCCCAGGUGGCCGAUUUGGUGUUGAACGAGAGACAUCGGAGAGCCCAACUGCUAACUUUAGUGCUGUUAGAAAACGGCUACAAAACUUGAAGCUAGGUCUUGAAAAGACUGUGUCUCGCCUCGAGAGUGCGAGACAGAAGGAGGCUGAAGCCUCCAAUCCGGGAACUCCAGCAACGCCUCGCCGCAAGUCCUUCAAGGCCAAAGGCAAAGCAACUACGGUCACUCGAGUAGUGACAACUACCAAGAGAAUCAUAGUACCAGAGGAUACAAAGUCAGAUACAGAAAGCUCCGCCCUUGGUCAUUCGACACAGUCUAGCAGCAUGCCGCACGGCCUCAAGCUAAUCUCAGAGUCGAAGGGCGAGAAACAGUUGCCUGAAUCGACUGAUCGCUUGACCGGCCAAAAGGUUGACCGGAUGGUGUCAUUUAGAAAACGCGUUUUCGCAGCGUCUAACCUCAACUUGACAUUGGACGGUGCAGAGGACGAUGAUGUUGACACCCCGACUCAGGCGAACUUGAGCGAAAGCAAGUGAAUGCCGGAUGGCUCGGAGUAUACGAUCGGAUCCUUGGAAUAGUCAAGCAGGUAAGGCUAGACAGUAUGAACUGAUAAGCUGAACAGCGAAGUAGACGAAUAGAACCCCAUGGAACCGAUAAUUUUGUUUUUUGUUUUAAUAUCAAAUGAACUUUUGUAAUGAAUUGCAUAUCAUGUCGUGUAAUGCUACAUGCAAAGCAAUGACUGCAUGAGCGAAUGAAGAUCGGUUUUCUGGCAACUCCUAUUGAAAUGCAGUUAGUUUGACCCAUACACACACUAGAAACCUAGCACCAAAUAAAUAAGACCAUUUUUCUCAACUUGAGCUUGCUCUUCACAAGCCCGAGACACCCGCGAAUCCUGGCCACGGCAUCAAGUCAAGGCAGUUGGGCGCCGUGGGUCAGACUAGCUCCCGAGACGGAGAGCCGUGGACGUCUUAUUAAGUAGAUGAGCCUUAGUCCGGGGCAUCUCCGUCAAAGCGGCGGUUAUUCCCGUAUAUUAACCUGUGUACCCAAUUUCGUGCUACCGGUGUGCAGAUGCG